GGAUGAUUUCCAAGGCCGCGCAAGCGGGGGUUUCCCGCUCGCCACGGCUGCGUGUCGCGGAUGGGCAUCGCGCAGCAGUUGCCUGGCCCCCGACUUCAGCGUGAUCACGCAUGCGAUUUAUCAUGGAGUCAAAGAGUUUUACUGCAGAACAGGACGAGAAAUUGAUUGAUUUAGUAAGGGAGCAUCGUGUGUUAUAUGAUUUGCAUCACUGCAAGUACAAAGACAGUAUUGUUCGAGAAAAUGUGUGGAAGGAAAUUGCAGCUUCUUUAAACAAAGGUGCAGAAGACUGCAAAACGAGAUGGAGAACCAUUCGCGACUCCUACAGAAAAAGCAACAAGAAACUGAAAACUGGGUCGAAGACAGGUUCACCGGCAUUUUCAAAAUCGAAAUACAACACAGAUAGCCUUAAAUUCCUUGAUGAAACCUUCAAAGAAAGAGCAUCAAAAUCAAACAUCAGCAUAAAUGAAAUAAUUGAAAAUAAUCAAGAAACACAAGAAAUGGUGGAUGACUGUCCCUCUGAAGAGUGCAACCAAUUUCAAGAAGAAGAAAGCGCUCAAGAAUCUACAAAUUGGCCUAGCGAGCAAACAAGUUCUUCAGAAUUGUUAAACAGCUCCAUUAAAAAAAGAAAAAUUACAGUAAAAGAAAAAAUGUUAGAUGAAAUAAGAAAAGGUCGUGAAGAAAGAGGGAAAAUAUUCAAAGAUCUACUUGAAAACCGCGGCCAAGAUCGUUCGCAACAUCCGAUAGACAUAUUCUUCCAGAGCAUCUCUUCUUCAGACGUCGGGCAGACAGUCCCGGCCGCCGAGGGUGCUGAAGACUCUGUCACGCAAUCCAACUUCCGCUUCCAGCACAUGCCAACAUGA